UUAUCAUCUCUUCCCCUGCCAUGGCCAAACAAGUCUUGAAAACACACGAUCACAUAUUUUGUUCCCGUCCAUUGUCCAAAGGCAUGAAGCGGCUAACUUACUACUACUUGGACAUCGCAUUCUCCCCUCAAAGCGAUCACCGAAGGGAGAUGCGCAAGAUUUUGGUGUCUGAGUUCCUUGGUCCCAAAAGAGCUCGAUUGUUUAAUCAUGUGUUGGUGUCCGAGAUUGAAACCAUGGUUCGUUCAUUAGGGUCACAUCCACCAAACGUUGCACUAAACCUAAACAAGUUGAUUUUAGCAACGGUCAAAGGGGUGGUGUGCAAGGUGGCGUUUGGUAACAACUAUAGACAACAACCGAUUAAGGGUCCGUCAUGGGAAGUGUUGGUUGAUGAAGCCCUGGAAAUGUUGGGUGGAUUGUUCGGGGAUUCUUUUCGAUGGGCAGGCCGAUUUAUAGAUUAUGUUAGUGGAUGGAACGAUAAGCUUGAGACAUGCUUUACUAAUCUAGAUGCAUACAUGGAGUCGAUCAUCGAUGAUCAUAAGAAUCAAAUUGCAGAAGUAACUGAUGAUGAAAAGGAUUUUGUGCAUGUUUUACUUGAGUUGUCUUCCGAAGAUUGUACUUCUGUCCAUCGGUUGACCAAAGAAGAUAUCAAAUCGGUUAUAUUGGACAUAUUCACUGGCGGAGUUGAUACGACUGUUGUAACGUUGGUGUGGGCAAUGUCUGAGAUUGCUAGAAGCGUUAGAGUGAAGCAAAAGUUGCAAACUGAAAUCCGAAACCACACAGGACGAAAAUUAAAAGUAGAUGUAUUGGACAUAACAAAAAUGACAUACUUGAAAAAGGUGGUAAAAGAAACAUUAAGGCUACACACUCCUGUCCCAUUGUUAAUCCCACAUGAAUGCAUGAGCCAUUGUCAAAUUGGCGGUUACGACGUCUUACCUGGGACGGCUGCUUUAAUCAAUGCGUGGGGAAUAGGAAGAGAUCCAAGCACUUGGGGAGAGAAUGCGGCUGAGUUCUAUCCAGAAAGGUUCGAGAAGUUUGACGUUGAUUUUGAGAUGGUCCCGUUUGGGGGUGGACGAAGAUCGUGUCCAGCAAUGAACUCGGCUCCUGCAACUGUUGAGUUUGUGUUAGCAAACCUUCUGUACUUGUUCGAUUGGGAAAUUCCUGAUGGAGCGAAGAAUGAAGAUUUGAACAUGCAAGAAGAGGGUUCCUUUAUUCUCCGUAAGAAAGUACCACUUUGCCUUGUGCCCACAAAGUAUAAUUGGGAUGAUUAG